UGCUGUGAGUCGAACUGUUCCCCUCGUCGUUAAGUGUGAGCAGUUCUAAAGAAGCUGUCUAAAGUGUUCGAACAACGUUGCAAACAUGAAGUUACUCAAUACUUCACCCAAUCUGACGCUCAUUGGCGACGAAAUGGCGAUCGGUGAUGUUAUCCAGGAUAUCAUACGGAUGGGUCCGCAUGAAGAUCCGCUCCAUGUGCUCGAUUUGGACGAUGUGGUCCGCAAGCACUACGGCUGGUGUGCGAAGAUGCCACGCGUGAAGCCGUACUACGCGGUCAAGUGCAACGACGAUCCGCGCAUCCUGCAAACGCUGAUGACGCUCGGGACGGGCUUCGACUGUGCGUCCAAGGGUGAGAUGGAACGCAUGAUCGGGUUCUGCGUGAAGCCGGAGAACAUUAUCUUUGCGCAGCCGGCCAAGUCCGUCCCGUCGCUGCUGUAUGCACGCUCGGAGCAGGUAUCCAUGAUGACGUUCGACGGGGCGGCCGAGCUGGAAAAGAUCCAUCAGUACUAUCCCGAAGCACGGCUCGUGCUGCGGAUGCGCCACGAUUCAAAGAAGGUACGAUGCUCGAUGGGCAAGAAGUUUGGGUGUGAUCCGAUCUCGGAAGCUCCGGAGCUGUUGAGAUAUGCCGCCACCCUUCGAAUGAAUGUGAUCGGUAUCAGCUUCCACGUGGGCUCGGACUGCGAUGAGCAUCAGGUGUACUACGACGCGGUGAAGAUUGCAAAGGAUCUGUUCGACUAUGCCAAAACCAUCGGGUACGACUUCAGCUUGCUGGACAUCGGUGGAGGAUUCCCGGGUGACAAUAACAAACCGAUCGAUCGGUAUGCAAAGGCAGUGAACGUGGCAAUCGAUCAUUACUUCCCGGCGGAGUUGGACAUUUGCAUCAUUGCUGAGCCGGGUCGUUAUUACGUCGCGUCGGCAGUGACCCUGGUAUCGUUUGUAGACUCGAAGCGCGUGCUGAAGGAGAAGCAGGAAGACGGCACCGAGAAAACGAGGAUGUAUUACUAUCUGAACGAUGGUGUGUUUGGAACGUUCUACUGCACUGCUCUAGAGGGACAGAAAGCUGUACCAGUCGUGGACGGUAGAAUGAAUGCACGGCUGUAUGAUGCGGUGCUGUGGGGUCCAACGUGCCAUGUGUUGGAUCAAAUUGCCGUGGAGAAGUUACCCGAGCUAGAUGUGGGUGAUAGUGUAGUGUUCGAAAAUGUGGGAGCCUACGGAGCAGUGCUUGCGAAUGGAUUCAACGGUUUUGCUAUGCCGAAAGUUAUUGCCUAUCUUCGCGAAUGUACUUGGAAAACACUGGAAGCUCUAGCAAGUGGUGCUGUGGACUUUAUUCAUGAUGGUUCCAGUGCGGUCAAUGGACAACAAGCUGCUUACGAACAACAUCUAUUUCGUAAUGAAUCCUGUAGCAUUCGAUUAUAUUCUAAAGAUCAUCCAUUUUGAGCUCUGUUACGUUCUGUACAGUAUUUAAAUUCUUUAAGUAACUAAAUUCGGGCAGCCCGGAUUCACAUGGUAGGACCGUGGUUCUAAUCCCAUUCAGACUGUUCUCCCAUAGUGAGGACCGACUAUCAAACCACGUGGUAUCAUUAAGUCUAGUAAGCCAGAAAUGGCAGACAUGACCUAAGAUUAUAAGGUCAAAAAGAGAUAGGUAGAGAUAUAUAUUACUAAAUUAGAACGAUUGCUGCAAUAAAGAGAAUCCAUACAAUUCUUUACCUUCGUAGUGUAAAAAA